AAUCCCAAAACAAAUCAACUGUUCUGAUCAUUUCCAAGCCUAAGCAAUGCCUGCAACUCUAAGGAAUCUCCAUCUUUCUCCCAAUAUCUUGUCCCUCACUUUGCUUCUUUCAUUAAACUUACUUGUGUUCUACACUUGUUUUGCCAUUGAUGAAGAAGGCCAAGCUUUGUUAGCAUGGAAGAACAGUCUAAACGGCUCCACAGAUGUGUUAAGAUCAUGGAAUUCACUGGACCAAAGUCCAUGCAAGUGGUAUGGGAUUCACUGCAAUACAAAUGGGGAAGUGGAGGAGAUAAGCUUAAAGGGAGUGGAUUUGCAAGGCUCACUGCCUUCAGAUUUUCAGCCCCUCAAGUCCUUGAAGACCCUUAUUCUUUCAUCAAACAAUUUCACAGGGACAAUUCCUAAAGAAUUUGGUGAUUAUCAGGAGCUUACUUUGAUUGAUCUCAGUGACAACUCUCUCUCAGGUGGGAUACCUACGGAAAUUUGCAAGCUUUGGAAGCUGCAGAGUUUAGCUCUCAACACAAACUUCCUUGAAAGUGAAAUUCCAGCUGAAAUAGGAAAUCUCUCCAAUCUUGUUAAUUUAACACUCUAUGACAAUCAGCUCAGUGGUGAAAUUCCACAGAGCAUUGGAAAAUUGAGGAAGCUGGAGGUUUUCAGAGCAGGAGGGAACAAAGACCUGAAGGGUGAGCUACCUAGGGAGAUAGGAAACUGCACCAGGCUGGUUAUGUUAGGCCUUGCUGAAACCAGCAUUUCUGGAAGCCUUCCUUCAUCAAUUGGAACGCUGAGGAGAGUUCAGACUAUUGCUAUCUACACAUCAUUGCUGUCUGGUGCUAUUCCAGAAGAGAUUGGAAACUGCAGUGAGCUGCAGAAUCUGUAUUUGUAUCAGAAUUCCAUCUCCAGUCCAAUCCCCCGCAGAAUUGGUGAGCUCCGGAAGCUGCAGAGUUUGCUUCUGUGGCAAAACAGCUUGGUGGGAACCAUCCCAGAUGAGCUUGGAAGCUGCACUGAGUUGACAGUCAUGGACUUAUCAGAGAAUCUUCUCACAGGAAGCAUCCCAAGAAGUUUUGGGAACCUUUUGAAGCUUCAAGAACUCCAGCUGAGUGUCAACCAGCUAUCAGGUACAAUUCCUUCUGAAAUCUCAAGCUGCACCGAGCUGAUUCAUCUUGAAAUUGACAACAAUGCCAUUUCCGGUGAGAUUCCUCCCCUUAUAGGCAACCUAAAGAGCCUGACUCUAUUCUUUGCCUGGCAGAAUAAGCUAACAGGCAAUAUCCCAGACAGCCUUUCUGAGUGCCAGGAACUCCAGGCACUAGAUUUAUCCUACAAUAGCCUCUAUGGUUCAAUACCUAAAGAGAUUUUUGGGUUGAGAAAUCUCACCAAGUUGUUGCUUCUUUCCAAUGAUCUAUCUGGAUUUAUACCUCCAGAUAUAGGAAACUGCACAAAUCUGUAUAGGUUGAGACUGAAUGGAAAUAGGCUAGCAGGAACUAUUCCAUCAGAGAUAGGAAAAUUGAAGAGCUUGAAUUUUGUUGAUUUGGGCCAGAAUCGCCUUGUUGGGGGAAUUCCUCCUUCAAUUUCUGGAUGCCAAAACCUUGAGUUUCUUGAUGUCCACUCAAAUGGGAUCACUGGCUCUAUACCUGAGAAUAUGCCCAAAAGCCUUCAAUUCUUAGAUGUUUCAGACAACAGGCUUUCAGGUCCACUGACUCGUACCAUUGGUUCAUUAACUGAACUGACCAAGCUUAACUUGGGGAAGAAUCAAAUUUCCGGUGGAAUUCCGGCGGAGAUAUUGUCCUGCAGUAAACUGCAGCUGUUAAACUUAGGUGCCAACGGCUUCUUUGGUGAAAUUCCAAAGGAACUCGGACAAAUUUCAGCGCUAGCAAUCUCUCUCAACCUAAGCUGCAACCACUUUUCCGGUGAGGUCCCACCGGAGUUCUCCAACCUUAGCCAGCUAGGAGUCCUUGAUCUCUCCCACAACAAGCUUACUGGGAAUUUAGAUGUCCUUGCAAGCCUACAAAACCUUAUAACCCUCAAUGUCUCAUUCAAUAACUUGUCUGGUCAACUCCCCAAUACCCCAUUUUUCAGAAAGCUCCCUCUAAGUGACUUUGAAUCAAACCAAGGCCUUUACAUCUCCGGUGCGGUUGCAACUCCGGGAGACAGCAUCAGCCCCAGUGAGCACGGUAAACAGGCUAUGAAGCUAGUGAUGUCCAUACUGGUUAGUGCUAGUGCAGUUCUAGUACUACUUGCAAUAUACAUGUUGGUUCGAGCUCGGAUAGCUAACAAUGGCCUACGGGAAGAUGAUAACUGGGAAGUGACUUUGUAUCAGAAGCUGGAUUUCUCAAUUGAUGACGUUGUCCGCAACCUGACCUCAGCUAAUGUGAUUGGCACUGGUAGCUCCGGAGUUGUUUACAGGGUGACAAUUCCCAAUGGGGUAACAUUAGCAGUGAAGAAGAUGUGGUCAUCAGAGGAGUCUGGUCCAUUCACUUCCGAGAUCCAAACAUUGGGCUCAAUCAGGCACAGAAACAUUGUCCGGCUUCUGGGGUGGGGAUCAAACCGGAAUCUGAAGCUGUUAUUCUAUGAUUACCACCCAAAUGGGAGCUUGAGUUCUCUCCUCCAUGGCGCUGGGAAGGGAGGAGCAGACUGGGAGGGCAGGUAUGAGGUUGUGCUAGGUGUAGCACACGCACUUGCAUACUUGCACCAUGAUUGUGUCCCAGCAAUUCUCCAUGGAGAUGUGAAAGCCAUGAAUGUGCUGUUAGGUCCUCGCUAUGAGGCUUAUCUUGCGGAUUUCGGGUUAGCCAGAGUAUUGAAGAACGACAAUGGUGAAGGCAAAUUUUCUAAAGCGAGCCCAAGACCUCACUUAGCCGGUUCCUACGGAUACAUGGCUCCAGAACAUGCAUCAAUGCAGCCUAUCACUGAGAAAAGUGAUGUGUACAGUUUUGGUGUGGUCAUACUAGAGGUUCUAACAGGGAGGCACCCAUUAGAUCCGACUUUACCAGGGGGUGCACACCUGGUUCAGUGGGUUAGGGACCAUAUGGCUGCUAAGCGAGAUCCAGGUGAGAUUCUUGACCCAAAGCUCAGGGGGAGGGCUGAUCCUGCAAUGCAUGAAAUGCUGCAGACAUUAGCCGUGUCACUUCUGUGUGUCAGCAUACGAGCUGACGACCGUCCCACGAUGAAAGAUGUCGUGGCAAUGCUCAAAGAGAUCCGGGGUAUUGAGGCUACCAGGCCGGAUACAGACAUCUCAAAAGGAGGAGGAGCAGCCUUGUCAAGCCCUUGGCCGUCACCACCUCCUAGAAUUAUAGUUUCUCAGGGAUCAUCUAGUUGCUCUUAUACUUUCUCUGAUGAUUCAAUCCAAUCUUCAGGCAGAGGUUAAAAUUUGAGUGCCUAAAUAGUUUGUGUAUAAUCCAUAGCAAAAUCCAGAAGAAGAAUUUUAGAGUUUCUCUGGUAUUCAUGUAUUAGAUUUUCUUAUUGUAUUUUGUUAAGCACAUGUAACGAACAGAAUUUUCUAUCCAAGAGAGAAGUUAAAAACAAAAACAAAAACAUAAAGAUUUCUUUUUAUUAGAGUGAGAUCCUAAGUUUGCACAUACCAGAAUAUAUUACAAAUCUAUCAUAUGCAUCUCUAAAGAAUUUACGAGGAAUUACCUUCUAGUUUAACUAGCUAUAAAACAACAAGGGAUAUCUGGGGAGUUAGGAUUACAGGCCAUGUGGAAGUUGAAACAAUGAUUGGUAGCUUGGG